GAGACGUGUCCUUGAACACCGACGAGAGUGACUCGGAUGAUUAUUAUAAUUAUGACGACAUUGACGACGACGUUGUACUCCAGGACGAGUCGGAACGAGAUCCAGAGUUGUUUGAUUAUCGUUUGAUCACCCAGGAAGAUGCCGAGAACAUGUUGGAUUGUUUUGUUGACGAAACUGCCAAAAAACUUAAA